GGCCCGCAGCGCACAGCGCGGCUCCUUCCCGGCGCCGCGGGCUCGGCGGGCUGCGGCUUCCCGAGCGGGCGGAAGAUGCUGCCGGGGUCCAUUCAGAUCUCGGGGGAGACGCUGUCGGGCGCGGAGAUCCGGGACAUCUGCGAGAGCCUGCGGGAGAACUCGGUGCGGCUGCUGUCGCUGCGCGGCUGCCAGCUCUCGGAGCGCGACUUCGGGCACGUCUGCCGGGGGGUGGCCGAGUCUCGCUCCCUGGCGCAGCUCAACCUCAACCUGGGCAUCGUCUCCAACAUCAACCGCGUCAAGCAGCUGGCCGAGGCCCUGAAGACCAACCGCUCCGUCCAGUCCCUCUUUCUCCAUGGGAGUCCCCUGACGGAUGCAGGCUUGGCUCUCCUCAACCCUGCGCUCUCCAUCCAUCCCUCGCUGGUGGCUCUGGAUCUGGGAGACUGCAUGCUGAGUGAUGAAGGCAUCAACCUCAUCUGUGGACUCCUGCCACCCGACGGGGCUAAGUCUGGCCUCAAGGAGCUGACGCUGAGCGCCAACCCGGGCGUCACAAGCAAAGGCUGGGGCCACCUGGCCAUCGCAGUGGCUCACAGCUCCCAGCUCCGAGUGCUGAACCUGGACUACAACCCCCUGGGUGACCAGGUAGCAGGGAUGCUUGCCGUCGCUGUGGCCUCCAGUCGAACCCUUGAAGUUUUGGAUUUGGAGGGAACAGGACUCACCAACCAAUCAGCCCAGACCUUGCUAGACAUGGUAGAGAAUUACCCCACGGCUCUACGGACACUCAUCCUGUCAGAGAACAACAUCAGUCCUGAGCUGCAGCAGCAGAUCUCUGACCUGCUCUCAGAGGGCGAGGAAGAGGAGGAAAUGGAGGCUCGUGAAGUUACAGCCAGGGAGAAGAACCCCUGGAUCUGCCAGAACAAUCCCAGCUCCCAGAUGGUCUUGAUGACGUCAGGCCUCGGUGACAGCCUCUUAGCAGAAACAGAGAUGUAGCUGGGCUACUCUGCCUGCUUCUGCCAAGGAGAGUGCCGCACAUGUGGCACGCCAGGGGGGCACGCACCCACCAGCUCCAUGCCUCCAGAGAGCUGCCCCUGGGGUCUCCUCACGCAUUUCACGUCCUGUUGAUGCUCCUUGACUCUCUGAGCACCGGAGCCUGGUCUGAGUGAACCUCUACACAUCUCUGUGUCAUCACACGCCCCGUCGGCUGCUUGUGGUUGUCCGGUUGCUGCAUGUGUCGCUCACACUGCCCUGCCUCUCCCCAUGCCUGGCUGUGCCCUGCAGGGCGCAGGCUGUAUUUAUUCAGAUGUGUAUAAGAGAUGGUCUUUCUAUUGCUUGUCCUGCUGUCACAACCAGAGUUUUAUAAAGGUCACAGAUAUGGCACUGCUCGCAGCUGCCUCAGUCCUUCUGCUCCUGCUGGACCAAGGUAACGGUGCUGCCAGAAAUGGUACUAAAAAUGGGCAUUUCCCCUCUCACAGCUGCAGGAGAGGGCAUAGCACGGGCGGCAGGUGGCAGCACCGUCCAGGGCCGAGCUCCCUGCAACGGAGCUGCAGCCCGAGCUCUGCGUUGCCUCCUGCAACGUCCACUGCCUUGCCCCAGUGAGUACCAGCCUCCUUGCAGGCGCUGCUCACAGCCCGCAGAACGGGGACGGGGGACAGUGAGGCACACUGUCAUCCAGGGGUGAGUUUCUGCUGAAGCUGGGUGCCAGCUUUAGGCUGUCUGGCACAGGCUUUUGCAGGAUCAUAUGAGGUGCUGGCAGACUCUUUCACACAUCAAACAAGCCCAGGCAGCCCCCUUGUGCCCCUCCUGAAGCACAAGAUCCUGGAUCCCAGCUGCAAGAGGGUUGUUCUGCAGGGGUGAAGGAUACCAGCGUCCUUCCAGCUUCCCUCCUCCCUUUGUUGUACAGGCAGCAGGGCUUCCUUGGAGAAGAUGCCUGCCUGGCCCUGCAGCGAGGUCCAGCAUAGUCCUGUUUGCCCUCCUCAAGACUUUCGCUUCUGCUGGAGGUGAGGGCUGGAGCCUGUCUAUGGCUCCACAGGCUGUGGUGAAGGCUCCAACUAGUGCUGGGAUGGCAGCUUGCAGCCACAUGUCCCCUGCACUUGCUGAAGUGCAGUAACGAAGAAGAUUGUGUUUCAUGGCUGGCAUUGAGUUGGAAGAUUAAACUGCGGCAGCAGCUGCUGCUCAAGGGA